UUAGUUAAAUGGAUCCUCCAGCUUCUGUAACAACACUGGCAGGAAGAUAGAUAGCUAGAGGGAGGUCAAAGUGAGCAGUAGUGGCAGCACUCUAAAUUUAGUCAGCCCUCCGCUUGUGAACUAAAUACCAAUGACAACAGUCAAUCGGACACCUACCCACUCAUUCGGUCACUCAGUCAGCUGGGUCGGAUACAGCCCCCUCUGCCCACCCUCCCCACAACAAGCCCCAGUACCGGGGAACGCAAGCAACCACACGGGUUGCACCACUAAGUCUGAACCUCUCGCCCCUCUCACCUUUCUGACUUCCUACCCUGAGCAGACAGGCGCAACUUGAGACUCCGCCUUGAGGGUCCUUCAGGACAGGGGUAGCCAUGUCACAGUUCUCCACCAUGACGACCAGGGAGAGGAAAAUGCAGGCGGCAGCAAUCUGCAGGGAGGUUCAAGCCCAGGAAGAUACAGAGAUGGAUCUUGGGAAGAAAGUCAAUGCGCCUAAGGACAUCAUGCUGGAGGAGCUGUCUCUUACCUCAAACCGGGGCUCUCGUCUCUUCAAAAUGCGCCAGAGACGCUCAGAAAAAUACACUUUUGAGAGCAUCCAGAAUGAAAACAACCAGAAGCUCAAUAACACAAUGGUUUCUCAAACUGAGAAUGGGAGUGCCACGGACAGCCGCAACGGCGAGAACAAUGUGGAUGUCGACCAAUUGCCUACUGUGCCAUCUGACAGAAGCAUGGUGCCAAAUCCAGACAGCAUUGCCCCGGGGUACGGAGGUCCUUUGAAAGACAUCCCUCCAGAGAAGUUCAACCGUACAGCUGUACCAAAGUCCUACCACUCACCCUGGGAGCAGGCCAUCGCCACUGACCCAGCCUUGGCUGACACGCUCUUCACCCAUGUGCCCGUGCCAGAGCCCCAACCUGACCCACCAGGGUACAAAAGUUUCAACAGGGUGGCAACCCCAUUUGGUGGCUUUGGUAAGGCACCCAGACCUGCUCCCAUCAAGUCCCUCCAGGUGGAACCCCUCCCUGACUACACAGAGCUCCAGGGGGAUGCGGCAGGCAACCGACCCUCCUUCAACAGAUCUGCUCUGGGGUGGGUAACGGUGGGCGAUCCAGUCCCCUUUCCUGCUGUUUCCCUUGAGCCUCUGCUCAUCCCUGAGUCAGAGGACCUUUGAUCCCAUAAUGAGGUCACACAGAGAUGCUGUCUACUCUGUUGCUGCACCAGAGGUUAUGGUGGGCGGGGUAACCGUUAGGUCAGAACAGAGUCAGGGUGAAAGAAAGUGUUAAGUUACCAUGUAUGUAGCAUCCCUUUUUUUUCCAGGGAUGUUCACUAUAACGCUGCUCUCACAAAUGAAUGAAUCAUCCUGUAUGGUAGGCAGACACACUAUUGGAAGAAAUGGAAUGUAUUGUAAAUUAAUGUGCAUAAGAGUAUUUUAUCUUGAAGACACGUUUUUGCUCAAUAAAAUGGUGUAGAAUGCAACAAGU